AUGUCAUCUUCAGGAGAAAUACCCGAAUAUGACAAACUUUUGUUACAAUCAUCCCCUUCAUAUGUUAUUUACAAGAAAUUAAAUGAAGAUGCAGGUAAUUACAAGAGUAAAUGUUGUGAUAUAUUAAACAAUUCUGAUUCUAAUAAAAAUGAUAUUUCUAAUCUUUGUAAAAAAAUAGAACGAAAUGUAGAAAAUUUAUUUAAUAUUAGUAAUACAAUAGAAUAUUACUAUCGUUGUCAUCAUUACAGACAUUGGAUAUAUGAAAAUAUAAAAAAAAUUUUAGAUAAUGCUACAAAUGAUAAAGAUAAGAAAUCAAUUUCCUCUAAAUUUUUAGAGUUAAGAAAUUGUAUUAUGGUCAAUUACAGUGUUUACAAUUGUUUAUAUGACUACGAAACAGAUAACUUAUCUAAAAUAAAUGAUAGGGUAGAAGAAAAAUAUUUAUAUGAUUACUUUUACAACUUUGAUACUAUAAAGACAUAUGAGAUGUGUAAUCAUAUGAAUUCUGAUAAAUAUGAACAAUAUCUUAAUAAAAUUAUUGAAUUAUACAACAAGCAUAAAAAUACUUAUAAUUGCUGUAACGGUUCAUGGUUGCAUUCAUGUUUCAGUUAUUUUAAGUGUAAUGAUACAUUUGAUCCUGAAAAACUCUUGCAGAGAUUAAAAAUCAAUGGUAAAAGAAGUUGUGAGGUGUUAGAAAAAGAAAAGAUUAAAGGAAGCUCUCCUGAUUCAUCUACUCCUAAUAAAUCUGAACCAGAUAUUUUGAGCACAUUUUAUACAGGACCAUGUAAGUCAAUUGGUGAAGAUAAAUUAAUAUGCAGCUUACGUCAAGUGACACAUAAAUCACCUAAGAUUCCACUUAAGCCCAGUAGGAUAAAUAAUACAAUAGAUUACAAAAGUAAAAUAUUACCUCUAUUUUCAGAAUCCACUGAUAACACAAUAUCUCAGCCAAGUGAAAAUAAACAUGUGACUUCUAUUAGUGUAUCAUCAUUUGUUAAACCUUUAGAAAAAAAAAGUCAAUCACAUAGAGAUACAAAUGAAUUAAAUCAUGAAAAAAGUGAUAAAUAUAAAGAAAUAAACACCCUCCCUAUUGUAACAUUACCAGAAGGUUUCAAAUGGAAAUUUGGGGACGGAUCUUUUUCAUGUGAUUCGAGAAUUUCCCAUGAGGACAAAUACAAACUAUGCGACUACGUGAAAAAGCUAAAAGAAGGGCUAAAAGAACUUAAACUGACUAACAGUACUAAUAAUGAAUCAUUAAAUACAAUAUCUUCAACAUUUGAUAGCGUGCGUGAUCAAAGUCACAUAAUAAAUUAUAAUCAAGGUGAAGAAUCAUUGUAUUCUACCUCAAAUGGUGUAACAUACAUAGAUAGUAAUGGAUAUUUUACUAAUAAUCCUGAACAUGAACGCGUAUUAUCAAACAACAUAUUUAUCCGUGUUUUUAUUGGGGGUACAUUAAUAUUAGGGAUGAUUUUAGUUUUUUUCAUAUAUUAUAAAUUUACGCCUUUUGGAGUUUUUUUGCAAAGGAAACUGUCAAAGAAAAAAAGUCGAAAGGAUAAUGAACCUAGAAAAAUUACACAAAAAUCAUCAUUAAAAAAUACUCCAAAUAAGAAUAAAAAUCGUAAAAACAUAGGAUAUAAUUUUGCUUAUAAUUCUGGAUAA